AUGCUGUUUAUUGUCUACAGAAUUUAUACUGGUGACAAAGAAAUGCUUGGAAAGUGUGAACAGUUUUUCUUGGAACUAAUGAAGGUUCCACGUAUAGAAGCAAAGUUACGAGUGUUUGGCUUCAAGAUUACCUUUGCUUCUCAGGCGGAAGACUUAAAAAGCUGCCUUAAUACAAUAAACGCUGCUACUAAAGAGGUGAAGGAGUCAGCUAAGUUGCGUCAGAUUAUGCAAACAAUUUUAACACUGGGAAAUGCUCUAAAUCAGGGAACUGCAAGAGGGUCUGCUGUGGGUUUCAAACUGGACAGUCUUCUUAAAUUAUCCGACACUCGUGCAAGAAAUAACAAAAUGACUUUGAUGCAUUACUUAUGCAAGCUUGUUGGUGAAAAAAUGCCAGAGUUGCUGGAUUUUGCUAAUGACCUUGUUCACUUGGAAGCUGCCUAAGGUACCCUUUUUAUUCAUAUUGAAUUGAAAACAUUGGCUGAAGAAAUGCAGGCGGCUGAUAAAGGCCUUAAAAAGGUUGUGCAAGAACUCGUAGCUUCAGAAAACGAUGGUGCAAUUUCUCUGGGUUUCCGGAAGGUGUUGAAGGAGUUUCUUGAUAUCGCUGAAGCAGAAGUGAGGUUGCUUGCUUCCUUACAUAAAGAAUCUGGAGGAAAUGCAGAUUCCUUGUGCCAGUACUUCGGUGAGGAUAUGGUAAAGCUAUUAUGUGAUAAAUGCAACUCACUCAUCUCCAUUGUGAUUAUCUGCAGUGACCAAGAUUCUGAUUCUUUUCAUGAAAACGUUCAUCAAAUCUCGAGAGGAGAAUGAAAAACAGGCCGAGGCUGACAAGAAGAAGCUAGAGAAAGAUGCAACUAAAGAGGUGCCAUUGGCAAAGAAAGAUAACGAAUGAUGUUAACCUCCAGAAUCCAUAGACAUGGAACGUUAACAACCCGAGGGGUUCAGACCGAUGAAAGAUUUGUUUUAUAGUACUCGAUGUUGCACAUACCAAACACGAGCAGAGAUCUUUCCUAGAUCAUAGACAACUUUGAUGAUGGAAGUAUAAACUCUAUAUGAUCAUCACUUCAUUCAUUGAUGUAAAAUCCGAGCUUCGUGUGUAUGUCCUAGAAAAUAUUUGAAACUUUGUAUAUCUUUUUUCAAAGAAUAAUAAUUUUCUUUACAUUCUA